CAGACGUGCACCAAUAUAUCCCUGCCAGUGGAUGGGCGGUUCCAUUUCUCAGAGGAAUUAUUGGCCCGCACACAAAAAUUAAAGAUCGAAUUAUAUAUAUAUUAAUGACGAAGGGAAGUUUGCUGAAGAAGAUAAAGAAGUUAGUGGUCCGUAGAGCCGCCGUGGCAUCAUCUUCAGCAGCAGAAGCGGCGGCCGAGAAGUGGCGGGCGGAGGAGAAAAGGCGGCGCAUCCCGAGCGACGUUCCGAAGGGGCAUUUGGCAGUGUAUGUGGGAGAAAGGCAGAAGAGAUUUGUGAUCAAACUCACCACACUAAAGCACCCACUGUUCAUAUCGUUGCUGGACCAAUCAGAAUCAGCUGAGGUGGAAUCUGAUGAUUCCAAAUUCUGGAUUCCCUGUGACGAGAACAUCUUCAUCAGCGUCAUUCGUUGCGCUACGCCUCCCCCAACUAAACUUUUCUCUAUUUGCAUUUGUUAAUCCCCCAAUUAAUUAAAAACCACAAAUUAAACCUUUCUUUAAUUUAAUUUAAUUUCGGAAUCAUUUUUCAAGGCAU